AUGGCAAAAUUGUCACUUUUAUUUUUGUUCUUUUUCCAUGGACAACUUCCCCCCAUCUUUGGGCAGCAGCAGCGCGCAGCUGGCCCCUGGCGUCACCGGAUUCAGUGGGAGAACAACGGGCAGGUUUAUAAUUUAAUCAGCACUGGGUCAGAGUACACUGCUCCGGUUCAGUCCCGAAGCCAGACGAGGCUGUAUGUUGCCGGCAGGAGGGACAGCAGCAGGAGCCAUAUGCCGGGAGCGCACAGAGGAGCAACGCUUGUACGACCCGUGUCGGCUGAGUCCAGACAGUUCAGGACUGAUCACAGUGCAGAGCCAAGAUCUAUAGCGUUAGUACGCGAUGUUAGACAUCAUGUGCCUUUUAAUGGUCGUGCGUCAGGGGCCAGACAGCAGCCUGAUCGCCCUCACGGAGCAGCAGCUGCAGGUUAUCGAGGCGCUCGUCGCACUGAACACACCAUCACCAUCAACGGCUCUUCACCGGGGAGGUUGACAGAUUUUGCAGGCAGGAGACGAGGUAACAGUUUGAGUGCAACUGCACUGCACACCAGAGGAGGAGAACCAGGACCUGGCGCGCAGUACCAACUUUUACGCGCGGUGCCAGAUGCGAUGUCUGUCUCCAGGCAACCCGCGCAGACGGAUCAAUCCAUCUCAGCAUAUCCCACAACUCUGGAAAGGGAAUCUGAGGCUCCUGCUCUAUCCCCUGCAGUAAGUGAGGAUGAUUCAAAAGAGGCAAACGGUAAUGGAGAGGACAUGGUUAAUGACGACCCUCGAAACCCGUUAAAAAAUCACAGGAAUUCGGUUUUCUACAACUCGUAUCCCACAAGAGGUAGAUCAGGGGCCCUCACGCGCCGUCCAGCUGGCACAGGGUAUGGAACAAGAUAUUUCCAAAAUGGACUUCCAGACCUCAUCCCAGACCCAUAUGCCAUCCAAGCAGGUGCUUAUAUCCAACGCAUGCAGAUGUUUGCGCUCCGCUGUGCCGCUGAGGAGAACUGUCUAGCCAGGUCGGCUUAUAGACCUGCCGUGAAAGACAUCGACUUCAGAGUCCUCCUGCGGUUCCCCCAGAAAGUGAAGAACCAAGGCACCACUGACUUCCUUCCUGUCAAGCCGAGAUAUCAGUGGGAUUGGCACAACUGUCACCAACACUUCCACAGCAUGGAGGCCUUCAGUAACUACGACCUGCUGGACAUCGUCACUGAACGUAAAGUUGCAGAGGGACACAAGGCCAGUUUUUGCCUGGAGGACACGGGCUGUGAUCCCGGAUUCAGGCGACGCUACGCCUGUACGUCUCAUACACAGGGACUGAGUCCAGGAUGCCAUGACAUCUACGCUGCAAACAUCGACUGUCAGUGGAUCGACAUCACUGACGUACCUCCAGGAAACUACAUCCUGAAGGUUACUGUCAAUCCCAAUUUCCACGUCUUGGAGUCAGACUUCACCAACAACAUAGUGAGAUGUGAUAUCAUAUACACAGGAACUUAUGUUCAGACACGCAACUGUCGAGUAUCAAGGGGUUGAAAAUGUUGUAGCAAACCUCUCUCCCUGUGCUGCAACAUCGACUCUAUGACUCACAAAACGUGCAAUGGGUAAAGUGCUUAUUGUAACUGUGUGCUACAUUCCUGCUAUAGUCUAGUGUUGCAUGUACUGGAAAUAAAUUCAAAUGUUUACACAUAAUUUGUACAUUAAACUAGUGAGAGCCUCACAUUUACUUGAUUAUGUAUUUCUACAUAUGUGCCUCAAGUCAUAACAAAAAAGAUAUCUUCUCUUUUGACCUUAACAAAUACAAGUACUGUGUUCAUAUACAUCUUGAAUGCUGGUUAUUGCUUGAAAUGUGUUGUUGCCUCAUGUUGUCUUUGUCUUGUUUUUCUGCUUUUUUGUUUAAAGGAAAAGAUAUUCUUUAUUUUUGUUUUUUUAUCGUCAACAAAUCUUAUGAAAGUAUCAAAGUCACCUCAGCUAGCUGACGGUCCGAGGAAUGAGGUAGUCUGGGUCAAGCAUCGACAGAAAGGGGGUAGGAAGUGGGUGAUUCACCAGGUCUUAGUAUCACAAGAUUUCAGAAGAUUCUGAGCGCGACUUGAUAGGACACAACAACAAACAGACCGGAUCAAGCAAAAGGUAAAGAAAAACGUCCGUCUCUCAAUACUUUCUGACUCCUACAGUCGAUGUUUUCAAGUCCAUUAUUUCAAGAGAGAAAUCUGCGUAAAACAGGUAAAACACAUUUUCAUUUUAUAAAAUUUCCAAAAACAGCUGGGCACUGUAGUUUUUUGCAAAUGUUACUAUAAUGGGAGCAUUUGUUAGGGAUUAUUUCCGGCUGCGGAUUUGGAUGUGAAAGUGAGUAUUUACGGUUGCAGGAUGCUGUAUGUGUUUGUACUGUAGGACCAGUUCACUGCUGCUUUUGGUCAUCUUAUGUGUUGACAAUAUGAAAAAUGCAGAAUAUCAGUUAUUCUUCAACUACUUUGUGGUCACUUCAGCAAAUUGCAAAUAUCUCGUUUUAUGUUAAAUAGUAAGGGUAGUAUGAAGAAUGUGUGCUUUGUGUAUAACUGAGUAAUUGAAAAA